AUGGAUCCAACCAUUCCCUGGGCAACCGAAAUCACAACAAUGAAUGGAAACGACCAAAUCUUUUCUCCAAGUUGUGACAAAAAGACUCUGAUCCUGGUCUUCCUGAUCGUGGUCAUUGCCCUGGUCGGGCUGCUGGGAAACGGCGUUGUGCUCUGGCUGCUGGGCUUCCGCAUGCGCAGGAACGCCUUCUCCGUCUACAUCCUCAACCUGGCCGGGGCCGACUUCCUCCUCCUCUGCUUCCAGAUUAUAAAUUACCUGGGUAACCUCAUUGACGUCUUCCACUCCGUCUCCAUCUCCAUCCCUAACUUCUUCAUCACUGUGUCGACUUUUGCCUACCUUGCAGGGCUGAGCCUGCUGAGCGCCAUCAGCGCCGAGCGCUGCCUGUCCGUGCUGUGGCCCGUCUGGUACCGCUGCCGCCGCCCGAGACACCUGUCGUCGGUCACGUGUGCCCUGCUCUGGGCCCUGUCCCUGUUCCUGAGCACCCUAGAAGGGAAGUUCUGUGGUUUCCUGUUUAGGAUUGGUGACUACGAUUGGUGUCGCACAUUUGAUUUCAUCACUGCAGCGUGGCUGAUUGUUUUAUUUGUGGCUCUCGCUGGGACCAGCCUAGCCCUGCUGCUCAGGAUCCUCUGUGGCUCCCAGCGGAUGCCGCUGACCAGGCUGUACGUGACGGUGGUGUUCACAGUACUGGCCUUCCUCCUCUGUGGCCUGCCUUACGGCAUCUACUGGUUCCUCUUAAUCUGGAUGGAUAAUUCUUUUAAUGUGGCCACUUGUUAUCUUUAUUUGGUUGUAGAUGUCCUGUCUUGUGCUAACUGCAGCACCAACCCCAUUAUUUACUUCUUCGUGGGCUCCUUUAGGCAGCGGUGGCGGCAGCGUGGGCGGACCCUCAGGCUGGUUCUCCAGCGGGCUCUGCAGGACACUCCUGAGGGGGACGACAGUGAAGGAAGCUUUCCUCAGGGACCCCUUGAGAUGUCGGGAAGCAGUCUGGGGUAG